AUGGCUGGGCUUCCGUUACCUAAGCCACUGCCUCCGGCUAAUCAUAUUCUUAGCAUGCAAGAUUUGCAGCAAGCCGCUGCAGACAGACUGCCGGAAGAAGCACGAUUGUUCUAUGACUCUGGUGCUACUGAUCAAGUCACCGUCAAGGAGAAUUCUUCGGCAUAUCUAAAGUACAGAUUACGGCCCAGAGUGCUUGUCGAUGUCUCGCAGGUCGACACAUCGACCGAGCUGUUCGGCAGGAAGAUCAAGUUUCCACUGGGCAUCUCGCCUGCCGGUCUUCAAGCCAUGGUCCAUCCUGAUGGAGAGCUAGCAACAGUUCGCGCUGCUGCAAAGAGUGGGUUAGCUAUGGCAGUCUCAAGUUUCGCAAAUUAUUCCGUGGAAGACAUACGCGCGGCUGGGUCGAAAGUCGGGCCGAUCGAUCAUGCAAUGCAGCUGUACACCAUGAAGAACCGCGAAGCCGAAUUGCAGAUAAUCAGGCGGGCGGAAGCUAUGGGACACAAGGCCAUCUUCCUGACCGCCGACAGUCCUGUGCUAGGAGUGCGAUACACAGAAGUCCGCAAUGACUUCCGCACUCCUGACGGUCUUGGUUUCCCAAUGCUAGGAUGGGACUCCGAGCUGAUAAGGUCGAGAACACAUGACAACAGUUUCACGGACUUCAACUCGGACUCCCACAAUUGGGCCGCCGAAAUCCCAUGGCUGAGAAGUGUGACGAAGAUGGAGAUCUGGAUCAAGGGCGUAUUGACUGCCGAAGACGUGCUACUCGCGAGGCAGUAUGGUUGCGACGGCGUGCUUGUCAGCAAUCAUGGUGGUCGGCAACUUGACGGGACGCCAGCUACGAUCGAUGCGCUACCGGAGUGUGUUAAAGCGGCUGACGGUAAAAUCCGAGUCCAUAUAGAUGGAGGAGUGCGAAGUGGUUCCGAUAUAUUCAAAGCGCUGGCUUUGGGAGCAGAGAUGGUGUGGGUUGGACGUCCUGCAAUCUGGGGUCUGGCAUACGACGGCGAGAAGGGUGUUUCUCACAUGCUGAAUAUGCUCUACAACGAUUUCAGGCGCUGUAUGCAGCUUUGUGGGUGCAAGACCGUCGCAGACAUCUCUAAGGCCAGCUUGGGCGUUUUCCUGUUUGCGGGCGCCCUCAUUGGCGCCAUCAUUGCUGGUGCCGCCCUUCCAUUGAUGUCCUUGAUAUUCGGCCAAUUCACGAAUGAGUUCAGCAACUUUUCAGUCGGUGACUCCAAUCGAGACAGGUUUCAAGAUGCGGUUGACGACCUCGUGCUUUGGUUCGUAUACCUCUUCAUUGGCCGCUUCGUCAUCGCCUAUUGCGCCAAUCUCGCCAUCAGCACAGCUGCAGUACGCACCACUGCAGCUAUCCGGCGAGCAUUUCUGGAGGCCACUCUGCGACAAGAGGUGUGGCAUUUCGACAAAGCCGACAAUGGUUCCGCCGCCACUCAGGUCACCACGAAUGGCAAUCGCAUCAACCAAGGUCUGGCGGACAAGCUGGCGUAUAUAGCGCAAGGAUUGGGUCUGUUCUUCAGCGCCUUCAUCAUUGCCUUGGCCGUCCAGUGGAAGCUGUCUCUGAUCAUUAUGAGCAUUGUUCCUGCCAUUAUUGUGUCUACUGGUGGCUGUAUCGCUGUCGACGCUGUCAUCGAAGCCAGAAUCACAAAGAUCUAUUCUCGGGCUGCAGUCAUGGCACAAGAAGCAAUUGGCUCUGUCAAGACUGUCCACGCUUUCUGGGCACAGGACAAAAUCGUGGCUAAGUAUGACGUUUUCCUCAACGACGCAUUCAAGCACGCAAAGAAGAAGUCGCCUGUGUAUGGCGUACUAUUUUCGACGGAGUACUUCCUGGUUCUGGCUGGUACGGCGUUGGCGUUUUGGCAAGGUGUCCGAAUGUACCAGAGUGGUGAGAUCGAUGAGGUUGGUACAGUCUUUACUGUUGUGCUUUCGAUCACUCUCGGGGCUACAGCAAUGAGCCUCAUCGCUCCGCAGAUUCAGUCCAUCACGAACGCCUCAUCAGCCGCCUCGGAGCUCUUCACUAUCAUCGAUAAGAAGUCCGAACUUGAUCCCCUUGCUCCUGAAGGCGAGCAGCCGGCAAGUUGCCAUGGUGAAAUUGAGGUUCGGAAUCUAUCAUUCUCCUACCCAACGCGCCCAGAUUCACAGGUCUUGCACUCUCUGAACUUGUCCAUUCCUGCUGGUAAGACUACAGCUCUCGUGGGCGCAAGUGGAUGCGGCAAGUCGACGCUCGUAGGCCUGCUCGAGCGCUGGUACAAGGCCGAUAGCGGCGAAGUUCUCCUGGAUGGGAUGGAUGUUACCAAGUACAACACAGGCUGGCUGCGCAGUAAGAUCAGAUUGGUGCAGCAAGAGCCUGUACUUUUCCGUGGUACAGUGUUCCAGAACGUUGCCAAAGGCUUUGUCGGCGAUCAAAUCAAUCUAUCCCAAGAUGAGCAGAUGAAGCUGGUCGAACAGGCCUGCAAGUCUGCCAAUGCCCACGACUUUAUUGCAGAUCUCCCGGAGGGAUAUCAUACACAAGUUGGAGAACGAGCAUCCAUGUUGAGUGGAGGCCAGAAGCAGCGGGUGGCCAUCGCUCGCAGCAUCAUCUCGAACCCUAAAAUUUUGCUCCUAGACGAAGCGACUUCUGCACUCGAUCCGCGUGCUGAGCGGGUAGUCCAGGAUGCACUGGACAAGGUGUCUGUCGACAAAACGACAUUGAUCAUCGCACACAAGCUUGCUACGGUAAAGAAAGCUGACAACAUCGUGGUCAUGAGCUACGGCCGUGUGAUCGAACAAGGCACACACGAAGAACUCAUUGACAGAGACGGACAGUAUGCGGCUCUUGUCAGAGCGCAAGAUCUUGGCGGAGAGAAGGGCGAAGCAGAUUUCACCAAAGAGAACGAGGACAUGAAGCUGGAAAGAUCGCUAACUAUGGCAAGAACACAAUCAUUUGCGGGCUCGGUGGUGAACGACGCGGAGGCACAGAAUUUGGCACGUGGUACCCUCAAUCUCUCGCUCAUCAAGUGCAUCGCCAUCAUGUUCUACGAGCAACGAGACCUGUACUGGUUCUUCGCUAUCUCAGGCUUCGGAUCGAUCAUUGGCGGUGUUACCUACCCGGCACAAGCGAUCAUCUUCUCAAAGAUCAUCAAUGUGUUCACACUGCCUUCAGAUGAAGUGCAAGACCGAGCCAACUUCUGGAGCUUGAUGAUGUUCAUUGUCGCUUUAGCAAACCUGUUUGCUUACUUCGCCAUCGGAUGGUGUUGUAACGUCAUCGGCCAGACCGUCACGCGCCGCUAUCGCCUUGAGAUGAUGCGGAGGGUCAUGGGCAUGGAUGCCGACUUCUUCGAUAGACCGGAGAACAGCUCGGGUGCUCUCACGUCGAAAUUGUCGUCCUUACCGACAUCUCUACAGGAGCUGAUAUCGGCCAAUGUCAUGCUUAUUUUCAUUGUGCUCGUCAACCUUCUGUCUUCGUCAAUCCUCGCAAUCGCUUUCGGCUGGAAGCUUGGGCUGGUGGUCGUGUUUGGUGGGCUUCCCUUCCUCGUCGGCGCUGGCUUCGUCCGCAUUCGACUGGAGCAGAAACUCGAACACGAGACCGGCAAGAACUUUGCCGAAUCAGCUGCACUGGCUACCGAAGCUGUCACAUCGAUUCGGACAGUGAGUUCUCUGACACUCGAAACCCGUAUCAUGGACGAGUACAACGAGAAUCUCAACGGCAUCGUGCGCCGCUCGAUCCGCAGCCUAGUAUGGACAAUGUUCUGGUACGCAAUCAGUCAAUCGAUUGAGUUCCUGAUCAUGGGUCUGGGGUUCUGGUACGGCUCUCGCUCCUGGCUCGUGGCGAGUCAAGCUGCUGGCCAAUUCUUCGGCUACUCAACCUCGCUCACGAAAGCCCGUCCUGCUGCCAAUUAUAUCUUGUGGCUGCGGACAAUCAAAGCCAAAAUUGCCGAAACGAAAGAGAACGCUCACCUGGGCCCUGAUACAUCACCGCCUUCUCCCAGCUCCUCUGUGAGCGACACACAUACUGAUCCCGAAAAGCCUGAUGCAACUAACGGCACCAUCGUCCUCAACGACGUCGAUUUCCGCUACCUCCAACGUUCCGCAUCGCGAGUCCUUCGCAACCUCUCUAUGACUAUACAGCCAGGCUCGUUCGCAGCCUGCGUCGGUCCAUCCGGCUGCGGCAAGUCAACCCUCAUCUCCCUCCUCGAGCGCUUCUACGACCCAUCGUCAGGCGUCAUCAACCUCUCUUCCACUCCCAUCACCACGUUCUCGCCCAAGCGCUCCGUACGCGAGAACAUCGCGUUGGGUCUAGAGACGAUGCCAUCCGACGAAGAAGUAACAGCAGCAUGCCUUCAAGCCAACGCGCUUGAAUUCAUCCAAUCUCUUCCUGAAGGCCUCGAUACACCUUGCGGCUCACGUGGUUUGUCCUUCAGCGGAGGUCAACGUCAACGGAUAGCGAUCGCCCGAGCACUGAUUCGGAAGCCUCGGUUACUGCUGCUCGAUGAAGCAACAUCGGCACUCGACACGCAGAGCGAGCGAGUUGUGCAGAAGGCGUUGGACGAGGCGUCCGCAGAGGGGAACAGAACGACGGUUGCUGUGGCGCAUCGACUGAGCACCAUCAGACAUGCAGAUGUAAUCUUUGUGUUUGGCGGUGGACAGGUGGUGGAGAUGGGAACGCAUGAGGAGUUGUUGGCGUUGAAGGGGAGGUACUUCGAGAUGGCAAGGGCGCAGAGUUUGGACCGGGCUUGA